AUGGAUGCUACACCAAGUUUCAUUUCCCUGAUAGAUGAGUACAACACGCCAUUGCUUGUACAUGUUAAUGUAAAAGAAAAGGAUGACGUAAACAGAGUUUUGAAAUAUAACGUUUUUUCAAACAUUUCUCUGGAUUAUUUCGAAAGUCAAUUGUUUCAGUGGACAUCCCUUGAAUCACAUUCUGAGGUCAAAUUACUUUUCCAACUGGAGGGUGUUACCGUUUACGGUUGCCUUGUAAAAUCAACUGGUUUAAAAAUAAUUGUAGGCUUUGAACAAGAAGAAACUAUUGAGGAGGACAUUGUUGCGUUGUUAUUUACUAAAAUAAAAAAAGUAUAUUUGCGAGUCAAACUUAAUCCUUUUAUUUCUGCUCUUAAAGAUGAUAAUAGACGAAAGGAAUUAGUGAACAAGUUGAACGAGAAAUUUGAAGAAGAGUUUUAA